AUGCGCAAUGAGCUUGCGACGCUGGUCACCACUGUGGAAGACCCGUCACAGCGCAAGGCGUUUGACGUCGAGAUGCAGUCAUUCUUCUACCUCUUCACGCGCUAUCUCGCCCAGAAGGCUCAGAACGAGGAGCUCAACUGGGAGCGCAUCAAAUCGCCCAGCGCCGACCAGAUUGUACCCUACGCCUCGCUUCAAGCGCCGAAGGAUGCCUCGUCCCUCAAUAAGCUGGCUGUGCUCAAGGUGAACGGUGGUCUCGGAACCUCGAUGGGCAUGACCGGUGCCAAGUCGGCUCUUGAGGUCAAGGACGACAUGACCUUCCUCGACCUAACCGUCCGCCAGAUCGAGCACCUUAACACGACGAACCGCGUCGAUGUACCUCUCAUCCUCAUGACUUCGUUCAACACUCACGACGAUACCCUCCGGAUCAUCAAGAAGUACGCGAACCAGCAGCUCCGUAUCACGACCUUCAACCAGUCGCGCUACCCGCGCAUCCAUAAAGAGACAUUGCUUCCCGUGCCGAAGCGCGCCAACUCUGAUAAGCGGGAAUGGUACCCGCCUGGCCACGGCGAUGUCUUCACGGCCCUGCUGCACUCGGGCGUCCUCGACCAGUUGCUGUCGGAGGGCAAGGAGUACUUGUUCAUCUCUAACUCGGACAACCUCGGUGCUGUCGUCGAUGAGAAGAUUCUCCAGCACAUGAUCGAGUCUCAGUCGGAGUACAUCAUGGAGGUUACCGACAAGACUAAGGCUGACGUCAAGGGUGGAACUCUCAUCGACUACGAGGGUACAGUGCGGCUCUUAGAAGUCGCGCAGGUCCCUGGUGAGCACAUCGAGGACUUCAAGUCAGUGCGCAAGUUCAAGAUCUUCAACACGAACAACCUGUGGGUUGACCUACGCGCACUCAAACGCGUAAUGGAGAGCACGGGCAUGGACCUCGAGAUCAUCGUCAACCCGAAGAGCAUGGACGAUGGCACGCCUGUCCUCCAGCUCGAGACGGCUGCCGGUGCAGCCAUCAAGCACUUCAAGAACGGUCACGGUGUCAACGUCCCCCGCACGCGCUUCCUGCCCGUGAAGAGCUGUAGCGACCUCCUUCUCAUCAAGUCGGACAUCUACAGCCUCGAGCACGGUCAACUGGUCGUGAACGAAGGACGCCAGUUCGAGGCGACACCAGUCAUCAAGCUGGGCGACCAUUUCAAGAAGAUCGCUCAGUUCCAAAAGCGGUUCAAGAAGAUCCCGAAGAUCCUUGAACUCGACCAUCUCACUGUCACGGGCGAUGUUUACUUCGGGAAGAACAUCACCCUGCGCGGAACCGUCAUCGUUGUCGCGAACGAAGGCCAGCGCAUCGAUAUACCCGACGGAUGUGUCCUCGAGAACCGUCUGCUUGCUGGCAAUCUCACUAUGACGGAGCUAUAA